AUGUUUAAUCUUUGUACAGACGGGGAUUCGUUUUCAAAGAACAACUUGGACGACUUUGACUCGGUUCGCAGUGUUCUCCUUUACAGUGACUUGGAGCCAGAAUGGCUGGAUGAUGUUCAGAAGAACGGUGAGCUGUUCUACCUGGAGCUGAGUGAAGGUGAAGAGGAGGCAGCUUUGGCCCAGGCCGCUGCGAUCCACUGUGCUUCCACUAACCAUGUUCGCUUCAGCGACAAGGAGGCCGAGAUCAUCACGGAGCAGAAGAGCACGAAGCGACGCAGCUCACGGACGAAAGGCGAACCCGCUCUCAAAAGGUUAGCCAGGAUCCUGAGGAGGAAACGCCACCCUUCUCAGCGCCGAAACGACAACGAUGGGAGCAGGGAGAACUCGACGACAUCGCCACCGACCUCCAUCCUGAAGAGCCAGCCAGGUCACAUGCAGGGUGGGACUGAGCAGCAGCAGCUGAAGGAGGUGUGCGUCUACCUCAACCCCAAACGGUUGGCGGCUUCAUCAACCCCUCUGCGGGACAGUGGGGGGCUGCUGGAAGCCCUGCUGGGAGUGCUGCACCGCCCUGCUCGCACCACAGACCAGGGAGUCCCUGAAGUGGUCAGACAGGACGAACGACUGACUGUUCAUGGAUUAAUACCAAACAGUCCUGCCAUAAAAUGUGGUCAAAUCCUAAUAGGCGAUGUGCUUGUAGCAGUGGACGAUGUCGAUGUGACCUCGGAGAACAUCGAAAGGGUUCUGUCCUGCAUCCCUGGACCAACACAGGUGAAGCUGACGUUAGAGACGGUGACUCCGGUGGACAGGGACUUCUCAUCAGUCCAAAAGAUGAAGACCUCCCCACCAGUCAGCCAGCUGGUGCGUCUGCUGUGGGGGGAGGACACAGCUGAGCUCCAAAUGUCCAUCAAACACAUCCCUCAUAUUGUCAUGUACCUGUCGCUCAAACUGGACUCGGCAUCGCUGCAGGAGGAGGAAAUCCUAUACCAGUACCCCGUGUCUGAAGCAUCCAGCCGGCUGAAAGGAGUGAGGGGCAUCUUCCUCACACUUUGUGACAUGCUGGAGAACGUCACAGCGGGGCGGAUCAUCAGUUCGUCUCUGUGGCUCGGGAAUCAUCUGGUUCAUGUCGGCUACUGGAAAGAUUGCAACAACCUGCUGGUCAUCGGUCUUCCUGCUGAGAGGGUUCCUCUGCUGUCUCUGCAGACGGUGGUGGGCGAUGUGGUGCGGACAUUAAAAGUGAUGUACGGCUCCUUGGACAGGGCGUUCUGUGAGGAGGACCACACUCCCAGACUGGACCAUUUCUUCUGCUUGUUCUUCCAGCAGCUCAUCCAGCCUUCGAGUUUGAGGGAAGGCUCCUCCGGGCCACCACCUGACGUCUCGGGAAGUCUUUUUUUAGAUGGUUUACCAGCGGUGCGAUGGCUCACUCUGCCUCCAGAAGUCAAGGUGGAGGUGGACAUGGUUCUUUCUGAUUUUGAGUCUUCUGAUUUUGGAGAAAUGUCGGAGGACUUUUUUGGCCUGAGGCGUCUCUAUGUAAUACUUGGCUCCUGUUUGUUCUACAAGUCCUACCUGAUUGCCAACCAUCUUCCAAAAGAGGACCUGCUGGAUGUGUGUCUGUACUGCCAGCAUUACUGUCUGCUGCCGCUGGCGUCGGUGCAGCGAGUGGGUCAGCUGGUCAUCUGGAGAGAGGUGUUUCCCCAGCAGAGAGGUAGUGGAGGGGUCAGCUCCGCACCGGGCUUCAGCCAACCGCAGGGACGACACUUCCUGCUCAUAGUGGGACUGCGACGCUUUAUGCAGUGUGUCCUGUUGGAAGCAGGUGGCUGUGCUUCCCCAGCUCUGGGCUCUCCAGGACCUGACUGUGUUUACGUCGACCAGGUGAAAGCCACCUUGUUGCAGUUGGAGGUGUUGGAGGCAGGCAUCGAGGAGCGUCUGAGCGCCCCACCUGCUCCCUGCCUGUCGUGUGCUGACUGGUUCCUCCCUGCUGCUACGACUCGCGACCGGCUCGAUGGCCUGGCUUCCUCCUCCCCCAUCCUCAACAAACUCACUGGAGCUUUUAGAGGCCCCUCGCCGGGGUACAGAGGACGCAGUCUUUUCGGUGAGAAGUCCCGCCGGUCCAGCCCACAGAGGAGCUUGUCGGACAGUGGGAGCGAGGGGCAGACUGAUGCCGGGUCAGGACCUUCAGGCCUCAGUCCUCAUUCUACUCCGGACUCAGCAAGGAAGCUCGUGGGGAGACGAAACUCUCUGGGGUCUGAUGGGAGUGGAGGCAGCGGAGGCCUCUAUAAGACACCCAGGUUGAAACACCCAAACCCGUUCUAUCUGGGGACCCUGAAGAAGACCCUGACAGAGAGGGAAACAGAGGAGAUGUACAACAACUUGAAAUUGACGUCAGGUGCAGAAAACACCUUGUUUCACUUUGUGCUGAUGGAAACGGUGCAGGGGAUCUUCAUCGCUCCGACUCACAGAGAAGUGGCUCAGCUCAGCGGCUCCAUCCACCCGCAGCUCAUCCGCAACUUCCACCACUGCUGCCUGUCCAUACGAGCCGCCUUCCAGCAGUGUCUGCCGGCCAGGGGCCGUCGCGCUGCAGAUAGGCCUCAGAACGCUAGCUGGGGUCUGGGUCCAGUCAAAGAACACGGGGUUCUGUUUCAGUGCAAACCUGAGAACUGGACCGACCAGAAGAAAUCCGCCCCCACCAUGACUUACUGGGUAAUAGGACGGAUGUUGCUGGAGCCAGUUCCCCAGGAGUUCUACGUGUGUUUUCACGACUCAGUGCCAGAAAUUCCUGUUGAGAUGGCCUUCAGGCUCUCCUUCGGUUUGGCUACGUGACGCACCGUCAAAACGGACACCAAAGAUGAAGGUUUCCAGUCGUACUCUCAGGAAAAUGAAACUCUACUUCCUAGUGCAGAACGUUAAAGCUGCCUGCGAGGUGAUGGAACAGGAAGGUGCUUUGUGGUCGAUCCUUGCCCUCGCAGGCCUCCAUUUUCCAGAUGAUUUUCUGCAGAUUACAGCGAAGCGUGACGAAGGCUUUGAGACAGACUCUACUUCAACCCACAUCCUUCUCGUGCCUUGAUUUCCACCA